UUAAGAUGUUUCUGAUAUAUUGAAAUCAUGGAUGCUACAACUGAGUAUGAAAUAACUGAACCUGUAAGUUUAGGAUUAAAACGAAGAGGAUCAGACAACGAAAAGAGAGAAACAAAGACAAAACUACGGAGAAGAUCGGUCCAGAGACGUUAUUUUUUAAGAUCCAAGGCCCACAAUGAAAAGUUGAACAAGGAAUUGAAAGUAAUAGAUAUUUAUAAGAAUUUGAUUACUCAAUCAUUGCAAAGCGAAUCACUGCAAAGCGAUUUCUCAUACUCGCCAAGUACCCCUAUCAAGGAAACUGCUACAGGAAGUAGUAAUGAAAAGACCGACUCGCGCAUUGGUAGAGGUUCAAUAAAGUAUUCGAAAGAAAAGAAACAGACGAUAGAAGAAAGAGAUUGGUCAACAUUUCCAAUCUUUGGGAGUACACAGGAAGUGGAUAAAGAUGAAUCACAUGGGAUUUACACGGAUGAUGGGAACAGCAAAGAAAAUUCUGAUGCAUUAGAUGAGCAGAGAUUUCAGGAAAUUAAAAAUGAUGAAGAGAACAGCGACGACGAAAAUUCUAUUACAUCAGAACCAGUUAUAAAUGAUGAGAGAGGCACAAAGCAGGAGCUUAGUGAAUAUAUUUACAGAAUCCUUCGAUUUGAUGAAAAUUGUCAAAAUGGACUGCGCCCAAAGAACAUAUUUUCAGGAAUAAGUCUACAGCAACACGUAGAAAGGGGGAGUAAAGGUCAGGAAUCGAGGUAUAUUUCCUGCUGUAAAACACUUGAUGGCAUAGAGAGGCUUGGAGGCCUAACAAAUGAGUAUCAAAGAGUUAGAGAGGUGGUACAGAUAAAUAUCACGAAGCUUAAAGACAGAGCCCGAAUUAUAGAUCUGACCAAGGAGGAAAUACGAGAACGUCAUAUUUCACGAUAUUCUACAGCAUGGGGAUUUGCCGAAAAAUUUGAGGAAGUGAAUAUAGACCCAACGUCACAUGUUCCUUCAGAAUGUGUGGAGAAAAUUGGUGUCGUUCACAUGAGAAGGUUUAAGAAAACAUAAAGUGUUGCUCCCCUACCGCCAUGAGAAGACAUGUUACAUACUUUACAAGAUGACUAAGCGAAAGGAAAUGCAUAAUGUUUUUUUUUGGGGGGAGGGGGAGGGGGA